AAGCCUUCCUCGUGGUUUCUCGUGUCCCAGUCAGUCGUCACUGGCCGCUACUACUCCGUACGCAGAAGCCUUUUGUUUGCACCCCAAAUCAAACCAAUCUCCCAUUUGAAUACCCACCUUCCAUUUCCAUCUUCAUAUUUUGCUUCAAUAUAACCUUGCUCCCACUUGUCUCUCCAUUCUCCAGAUCUUUCCCUGUCCAACACAACCAUCUCUCGCUUCACCACAGUCUCUCGUUCUCUCGCCCUUUCCCUUCCUUUCCCUCUUUGACUUGUCAUCGCAACCGACCGCUAGCGUCUUGCCUUCAACAUGAAAUCCGUCGCUGCUGUUGCCAUUUUGGCAGGUCUCGCCGCCGCAUAUCCUGGGGAGCUAAUUCGCAAACGCGCCUUGGAACCGAGAGAAGGUUGCCCUCGAGACCUUACCCCCGGCCAAUUUGAGUUCCCUCACUACAUCACCCAGAUUUCCAAGUCGGAACCAGACAAGAAGUUCGGCCCUCAACUCAACGGGGUCUUCACGCCAAACGACAUCGCAUCUAUCUUCAGUUUUGACGUGCCUGUGGAACGUUCAGAUGCCAAUUGUACACUCGAAUUCAUCUUCCCGGCCAAAGCUCAGCUCCAAACCUCCAACUUUGAAUAUGAGGGUGGUGGCUCCUUCUUCUUCUCAGGAUACAACCCUGGUUCUUGCCCCAAUGCCAACACCACAUGGAACAACCAGCCUGCGCCAGGCCCAUUUCCUGAUUUCCCUCCAAUCCACAUGGAGCCCGGCAAUGCAUACACGAUUGACGUCGGUCCUUGCUUUGUCGGCGCCGGCUCAUGCGUAGCCGGCAAGACGUGGUCCAACGACACCAACUUCUGGUACUUCCAAGACUCGGGUGAAUGCCCGAUUGGCAUCUACACUGCCUACACUUACGGCGAGCCUGCUCGGGCAGCACCUUCUUAGAGAAAUCGACGCAAGCUAUCCUCAUCCGCGUUCCUCGACUCAGUCAGCCGAUUCGUCCGGCUCGCUCCGGCUCCCUCAACCUUGCCCUCGGUGCAUUCCCAGGAACUCUGAUGACAUGAAGCUUUCCAAGCGUGCAGUCUGCCGUCGCUUUUUAGGUAUUUCUCCUGCGCGAUUGUAUUCUAGUGACGAUUUCGGAGACUUUGGUAAGGGGGACAUUACAUCAUACUUUUUACGCAUACAACUAGUCUAAUGAAAAUGAAAGUAUCUCGUAUCAUCAUGUGCGGGCCUGAAUGUAUUCGAACUUGUCACUGUGAUGUAACUGGGCCAGGGUUUGACUUGCUAGCUGCUUGGAGUAGUACUCGUCCAGGCAGUUCUUAGAGUAAUGGCUGCCUACAUGUACAUGUGCAUGUACCUUUCAAGGAAGGUGGGAAGUCGACUGCGACUACCUCACAGUUGGUAGACUUCUUGGCGUGUCGUGCUCGUGUCGCGUUCUAGAGCGUGGGGAAGGAGUGCGGUGAUCUCCCAUAUACACAUAUGCGUCCUGGAGUGGGUGCAUUGCAUGUCUCUAACACAACGGGUACUUGUGUAUACUACCUGUA